AUGGAAAUUGAAGACGAAGAUGAUUUCUACUCCCCUGAGGAGCCAAUUGUAGCCCCUACCAAAGAUACUGAUACCAGCACAACCAAGCACCAGCCCGCCACCACAACCACUUCACGCCAUGACGAUGAGCUUGAGGAGGGCGAGGAGGAGGAUGAGGGAGGUGUAAUCAUUGAAGAAGAUGAAGAUGACUCUGAUGUCGACUUCAUCAUAGAAAACAAAGAUGGCGAGAAACCCCCUCCUCCCCAGUACGUCCCUUCCAACGUUCUUCCCAUCCCUUACCAUUUCUCCCUACCAAGUAGCAGCUCGUUAACACUUUUUUCUGCCAUGAUGAGUAGACAAUCGCGAUACAGCGAUAUUAAGAAUAUCCCCCAGCGCACCGCGUCGGGCGAAAUCGCGUCGAAGCCCACCCCCGCUAAGGAGGAGCAGAAGCCGCUGCCCGUUCCCUCGGCGGACCAGGCCGCUGCUGCUGCGAGUAGUUCGAAGAUUAACAUCAAUGCCAAUCCCGUCUACCCGCCCGCCGGCAAGCCCAUCACUCAGGUCAACAUCGACACUGACCUCCCCGACAACGACAAACCCUGGCGCAAACCCGGCACCGACCUAAGCGACUACUUCAACUACGGCUUCGACGAAUUCACCUGGGCCCUCUACGCCUCGAAACAAGAAACCGUCCGCGCCGAAUACAACCCGGAAAUCAUCGCCGCUAACAACAAGAAGAUGAUGGAGGACUUCAACAACAUGAUGAUGAUGGGCGGAAUGGGCAUGCCCGGCGGGCCCGGUGGGCCUGGAGCUGGGCCCGGAGCCGGCGGUACCAUGGCGGGGAUGCCUGGCAUGGAGGGCAUGACGCCCGAGAUGCAGCAGAUGAUGCAGCAGAUGAUGGCGUCGGGGAUGGAUCCGAGCCAGAUGGACCCCGCGGCAAUGGCGGCUAUGUUUUCGGGGAUGCAGAAUCCCGGUGGCGGCGGUGGUGGUCAGGGGGGCCAGGGACAGAGUUAUCAGGGCUUUGGGGCGGGUCAGGGGCAGGGUUAUGGAGGGUUUGAUCAAGGCAUGGGUGGAAGCGGUGGUGGUGGCGGUGGUGGACGUGGAGGUUUUGGAGGGAGGGGCCGGGGUCGUCGCUGGUAG